AUGGCAUCUGUUGCACCAAUUCCUACUGCGAGCUCUACUGGUUCCAUCAAUGGGAUUCCAAAGGCUACUCUUACUGGAUAUGUUGGCUUCGACUCCAUCACUAACCAAAUCCAAAGGAAACUUGUCAAGCGUGGCUUUGCUUUCAACUUGAUGGUCGUUGGUCGCUCUGGCUUAGGCAAGUCCACUCUAGUCAACACUCUGUUUGCUUCACAUUUGGUCGAGUCGAAAGGUCUUGCUCCUCCCCGUCAAACUACUGAAAUCAACUCUGUUCAACAUCUCAUUGAGGAAAAAGGAAUCCGUCUUUCUCUUUCCAUCACUGAUACUCCUGGAUACGGCGACCAAGUGAACAAUGAUAACUGCUGGGAUCCAAUCAUCAAGCACAUCAAGGACCAAUAUGCUCUUUAUCUUCGUCGUGAACUCAAUCCUCAGCGUGAGCGCAGAAUCUCAGACUCUCGUAUCCAUGCUGUCAUCUUCUUUAUUUCUCCAACUGGUCACUCUCUCACUCCACUGGAUAUCACUGUCAUGAAAAAAAUAUCUGAAGUGGCCAACGUGAUCCCUAUAAUUGCCAAAGCUGACUCGCUCACUUUGGAAGAGCGUUUGCAAUUCAAACGUCGCAUUCGUGAUGAAAUCGAGUUCCAUGGCAUUCGAGUCUAUCCUUUUACCGAUGUGGAUGAAGAGUUUGCUUCAUACGACGAUGAUCGCGCUGACAGGCAGGCUGCACAGUUGAUAAAAGACAUGAUCCCUUUUGCUAUUGUUGGAUCUGAGCGCAAUGUUGUGGUAGAUGGCAAAGCAGUUCGUGGUCGUCGCACUCGUUGGGGCGUGAUUAACGUCGAGGACGAAUCUCAUUGCGAAUUCGUUCAUCUUCGCAAUUUUCUCACUCGAACCAACCUGCAGGAUUUGAUUGAAACCACAUCUUUGGUACACUACGAAACUUUCCGUACACGCCAACUGAUUGCACUUAAAGAGUCCAAUUCUAGGCCUUCUACUGAACAGCGUUAGAUUUUUGUCAUUUAUCUACUUUAUCAACCAACUGGAAUCACUCUUUUGCCUUGGCUUUGGAUCGUCAUCUACUUUGACCCUCUUUUUGUUUUUACGUAUCUACUUGCUUAAAAGUCAUUCUUACUAAAUAAAAUAUCAUCGUCUCUAUAUCGG